AUGGGUGAGGAAGUGAAGAUCGACGACGACUGCGUCUCCGAGUGGGAGGCCGGCCUCCCGUCCUCCGACGACCUGACGCCCCUGUCCCAGUCGCUGAUCCCCACCGAGCUGGCGUCGGCGUUCAGGAUCUCACCGCAGCCCUCCCGGACGGCGUUUGAUGUCAGCCGCGCCUCCGAGAGCACCGUCUCCUCCCUCCGGGCCGCCCGCUGCUCCAAUUUCAAGCCGUUUGGAGGCGGCGGCGGCGCGGCGGACGAGGCGGAGAUGGAGGAAGGGUCCGAUCCGAAGAGGAGCCGGAGAACGUCGGAACGCGCCGGCGAAGACCCAGAUGGCUUUGCCGACGACCAGUCAACGUCGGCGAAGACGCUGAAGAGGCCUCGGCUGGUGUGGACGCCGCAGCUGCACAAGCGUUUCGUGGAUGUGGUGGCCCACCUGGGCCUCAACAAGGCGGUGCCGAAGACGAUUAUGCAGCUGAUGAAUGUCGAGGGUUUGACCAGGGAGAAUGUGGCCAGCCAUCUGCAGAAGUAUAGGCUCUAUGUGAAGAGGAUGCAGGGUUUGUCCACCGAGGGCCCCUCGCCCUCCGAUCAGUUGUUUGCCUCGACGCCUGUGCCGCCACAGAGCUUCAAUGAGUCGUCUUGCGGUGGGACUAGCCAUGGGAAUGGGGUUGUUAGUGGGAGCCAUGGUAAUAGUAAUGGAGGUAGUGGGAAUAAUCAUGUCGGGAUGCCGAUGGUCCCAAUGCCUUAUCCUCCGCCGCCACAUAUUAUGCCCAUGCAUAUGAUGCCCAUGGCUGCACAUGGACAUGGGUUCCAUGGAUAUGAAUCAGCCCACUCACAUAAUAAUCAUUACCAGCAGCAGUAUAAUAACAUGGUGCAGCAGCAAAGGGAUUGGUCUGGGAAUAAGUAUAAUGGAUAUCCGCAUCAUGUGACUCAUGACAAUAACAAAUGUUAG